AUGUCUUUCUUAAGAGGCUAUUACUCAGGUACAAUUGACCAGCACACGGUUCCUCACUACGCCUACAGAAACUCUCAUUCCGGCUUAAACCAAGAAGAUAAUGAUAUGAAUAUCUUCCCGGGCCCUGAACCGGGAAACACCACCGCCGCUCCCAGCGCCUCCAACGUAGAAAACAGCAACUGCUAUGAUAACACCCCCUCAAUGCAUUUGAGCGAAAGCACUUUGACCAACAAUAACAAUUCUUACAACUCCCUCUCCACGCUCUCAACACACCCCGAGAGAAUCUCCUUAGACGAAGAGAGCAGGGAAGAGAACGUCGUCUCUCCUCCCCUCUCCUCCUCCCCCUCACUCUGCACCAAACCCGAUAUGUCUGAUGCAGAAUCCCACCUUCGUCUUUCCCUUCCUUACCCCUAUUGCCUGUACCAACCCCCUUCCCGCCACCCCAGCGUUAAAGUUGAUGCAAACACCUUCGAUCACGAAGCCGCGAGUAUUCUCGAGCCUAUUUGGCAGGAUUUGGACCUACUACGGAGGACGACGAGGGAAAUGAUGCCACCGAGUGACUUUGUGUUUCAGGUGAAGAGCUAUGAAGAGGUUGUUGAGGGGAGGAUGCACAGGAUUGGGGAGUUUAUUGUGGGGAAGGUGGGACAGGGCGAAGGUAGGGAGAUGGAGAUGGAGGGGAGGCUUAUGUAG